AUGGCAAAGGUUCUACAAUAUGGCCCUUGGUUUAUCAAUGGGCACUACUUCUCUGUUCGAAGGUGGGAGCCAAAUUUUGUAGCUAGCAAAGCUAAAGAAGUCCACUCAGCCGUCUGGGUUUGCCUUCCACAAUUACCCACAGAAUUCUUCGAUGGAAUAGUGCUUGGAAGGAUUGGAAACUUAAUUGGCAGGCUGCUAUGUAUAGAUGCUUGUACAAGCUCAACACUCAGAGGAAGGUAUGCGAGAUUAUGUGUGCAAGUACCAUCAGACCAGCCGGUCCAAACAGCAAUUCAAAUUGGCUCUCAUAUACAACAACUCGUGUAUGAAGGGGAGAAUUUUUUAUGUAAAGCCUGUGGUAGACUGGGUCACACUGCAACAUCAUGCUCCUACUCUACAAUUGACUCACUAAAGCAGACACAAGAAGGCCCUUGGGUCAUCUCCUCCAACUCCACAGACAAGGGAAAACUAGUUGAAGAAUUAUGGCAAACAGUCUCAUUUCCCAGAGGUAACAAACAAAAAAACACACUGCCAGUUCAUCUCAGAAUAAAACUCAAGCGACACCCCCGGGUAUAA